GUUGCCGUCCAGUGUACACUGUCGAGCAGCUCAGUAGUGUACCAACGAUGUUGUGGCUGUGUGUUGUGUUGUGUAUCUCUGCCGUCCAGUGUAUGAAUAUCAGCGAGGUGAAAGAUGAGGCGUCACAAAAUAUGUUCGACUACUAUUCGAUGCCAGCUCUGUCCGAGCUGGAUGACUUUGAUUUGUGUCUGAGAGAGCCGGAGUCAGUGUAUUGCAUAGCAGAUAUGAUCAUAAAGGAAGACGAAACUCCAUUGUAUCAGUAUAUCAAGAACUUCUCAUCUUAUUACUAUAAGAACUAUGAGCAUUCGAAGCUGCACAGAGGAGUAUGCGGCUCAAAGCAUUGUGGUCUGAACACGACACAUCUGAAUGCGUCUGAGUCCACAGCGUUGGCACUACUGAACUGUUUCAACUCCUCCUUACAACAAGGAUAUGGGUUGCAGCUCGACACACUCUCAGUACGGUACUGCAAGACCAAAGAUGAUUGGAUACCAGUAGACGCUUUGGACUAUAUUGUCGGUGUUAUUCUGCUGACCAUACUUUUAGUCAAUUUGGGAUGUUCCGGCUACCACUACUUCUUCCCAGGAGAGAAGGGUCAAGGUAACCAGUACAUGUUGGCUUUUUGCAUCCAGAAGAAUUGGAAAUCUCUUAAAAGCGGUGGAAGUUCAGAAGGUGGUUUGUUCAAAUGCUUCCAGGCUUUGAGAGUCUACACAAUGGCGAUGAUUCUUGGACUUCACUCAAUGAUUUUCAUCGGCUAUGGAUACACUGCCAACCCAGAGUUCAUCGAGCAAUCUUACAGUGACUUCUUCAAGGCUCUACUCUUCAACGCCAGAAUCAUAGUCCAGAUCUUCUUCGUUAUGGGAGGUUUUCUAAUGGCGUACAAGAUGUUAGUGUACGCUGAGACUCACCCAUUCUCACUCAAAACUGUGCCGAUGGCUUUAGUCAAUAGAUGGGUUCGUUUAGUGCCGGCAGUGCUAGUAGUUAUGGGUCUAGCCAUGACCUGGGUGCAGCACCUGGGUUCUGGACCAAUGUGGGACGCAGUGGUGAAGAGAGAGCGGGACAUGUGUCGGAUGAACUGGUGGCAAUUGGUGAUUCUAAUGCCUAAUCUUUUCCCAUUCGAGUAUCUGUGUCUGCCUCAAGCCUGGUACCUCGGCACGGAUACUCAGUUGUUCCUUAUUACGCUGGUCAUCAUGCUGAUCAUCUGGCGUUGGCCCAAGAGCGGACUGCCUGUUCUUAGUGUCGUGAUGGUCAUCAGUCUACUCAUUCCCUUCCUCCAGACCUACUUCAUGGAUCUCUUGCCCAUUAGAACCAGCAUUUUCCCUGAGUCUAUUAGAAACAUCUUCGGCUACAACUUAUCUUUCUACCACUCCUACAUAUCGGCCCAGGGCAACUGGGCUGGAUACCAUUUGGGAGUGAUGACCGCGUACUUCUACCACAAAGCCCAGACCGAGAAAUGGAAUUUGGCCGAAUCUAAGAUUCUGCAGUUACUGAGCUUGAUAUCUGUGCCGGUGGCAUUGGGUACUGUCCUGAUGGGCUGGGAUCUUCACCACCGCGUCGCGUCUUCCUUCGAAGCUGCCGUCUUCAACGCUCUGAACCAGAACUUCUUCGCUCUCGCCAUUUGUGUGUUCAUCAUCGGAUGCUUCUACAGGGUUAACAAAAUCUAUAGCAACGCCGUUGAAUGGGGACCUCUUCAGCCACUCGGGCGCAUGUCUUACUGCGCCAUGUUGUUACAUGCCACUAUCUUGAGAACCUACGGUGGCCAGAUGAAGAGGUCUUUCUAUGCUACAGAUUAUACUGCUAUAAUGUUAUUCGCUGGUAUCGUGUGCACGACAUACCUAUGCGCGCUCCCUCUUUACCUUCUCGUGGAAGCCCCUGCUUGCCAACUGCAAAAACUUCUUCUAGGCCCAAAGAGAAGGCCCAAGAAGGACCAAGAAGACGCCAAUGCUAACCACGUAAAACCUGGAAUCUCCACUGUAUCCGUGUCCACUGUUUCUACACAUAUAUAGAGUGUUGAUGGUAGAAUAUGUAUUACUACAUACUAUUUAAUAUUUACACUAACAUGAUUAGGUGUUCAGAUCACAAAUCUAUUUUUGAAUCUUGCGUACAGAUACCAAUUAACGUCAUCUCUUUUGAUAUUGUCUUCAUAGCCACAAGUCUAGACUGUAACUAUACUGUCCUAAAACUUACUUCUGUACUUUCGAUAUACUCUCGAAAUUAUAAGAAGACCUCCGUGGCAUAGUGGUCACCACGCCCGCCCGCUAUCCGGAGGUCAUAGGUUCGAUUCCCAGCGCCGGCAAAUAUUUGUACUUGUGUUCACGAAUAUUUUUCUAUGGUUUUGGAUGUGUUGUGCUCGUUUCUGUGUUUCCGUCCAUCGGACCCGCGAUACAAGCUUAGUGCUUAAUGUGUGGCGUAGUGUUCCAUUAAAAAAAACUUGAUUAAUUUUCUAUAAACACGAUAAAUUAUCAUUUAUAAGAUAAAUACCAUUCAGCUCCCUUGACUUUUGUGACCUAGACUCCUAAUUUUUAUCUGAUGUGGAAAAGUAAAAAGACUCCUAAUUUUGUUAAUUGUGCCUACUUUUAAUUUUAUUAUGUUUCAGAUAAAAUAUUCAGCAUACAUUUGUUUAGUACUUUACACAUAUAAAAUGUAUAUUUUACUUACACUUUGCAAUCUAUAUAAUUUAUAUGUACUCGUAUAAUUUAUAAUUGCACGCAUAUUUGAAGUCUUAAAUUGUUACCCAAAAAUUACAAUUUAAUUUUUAAGAUUUUACAACUAUCAAGCAGCUUAUUUUGUAAAAGUUUCAUACUGGUGUUAGUUCUAUAUUUUUAGUCUAUAAGUAGCUUUAAUUUUUAUUAUUUAAGUAUUCCAACAUAUCUGCUCCUAUGUGAUAUUCGAAUUAGGCAUUUUAACAUCAAAAUUUAUAUUAAUGCCACAAAUCAUAAAAUAUUGGAAAAUUGCCCUUAAAAUGAUAUACUCGAUAAAGUCAUCACUCAAACAAAAAAAUGCUAGAUAAAAAUUAAAUAAGUUGGGAUCAUUGGUCUACCUAGACGAACACAUAAAAUAUUCUCGCGCAAUUGAAAUCAUCACUUCAUUAGUUCUCAUUUUUUUCUGAAGGUCCGUUUCUGUAAAUGCAGAAAAUCACCAUCAAAAAGUACGAGCGAAUGCAUCGAUCGGACGUUUUCGUCUGUAAAUUUGCUUAAAACCAUCGAACCGAAAUGAUCAAAACCAAAAAAUUAGAAAACGUAUGACGAAGAUUUAAGAAGAAAAAUUAUAUUAUUUACUUCGAUUGCUUGAGAAUCGGGCCAAUUAGAGUAAAUUUUCUAAACAAUAAUUUCUCGUGGCUUAAGUAAUUUCACUCUCUUAACCUAAAUCUAGAUUUAAGCAUGCUCAAUGUAUCUACUGUUAAUAAAUUAGACUUCGAUAAAUUUGUAAAUAUGGUGAACUUUUUAAAUUUUGUACAUAAAGUUUUUGUAAUAAAUAAAAAAACAUUUAUUUUA